GAGACCGAGAGCAAAGAAAGGGUGGCCCGACUGAGGAUGGAGUGUGCAUUUGAAGCACAGAAUCUGAUCUCCAUUUCUUUGAGGAAAAUCCAAAGCUCCAGGACGCAGAGAGGAGGCAUCAAGCUCCACAAGAACUUACUGGUAACGUACGUACUGAGAAACGCCAGGCAGUUCUACAUGAGCAAAAACUUGUCGCAGAUGCAGAGGACGAAUCCGUACGAGGAUGUAACCGUAGUCCGAGAAAGGCAAGAAUACCUCGAAUGGACGGGGAGCUUCACGGAGUUGGCUGAUGACUUCUACUGCAACUUUACUGGGGUUGAGUCGGACACUUGGCACUGCGGAGCGCACCAGCCCAACGGUCAGCCUGCAGAGGUGGCGCACCAAGGCGCAUCUGCCUGCGCAAUGGAUUCACCGAGUGACUCUGACCUCAUGGUUUCGGACGCCUGUUGGAGCUGUGCGGACAAAUCCUCCUGGGAGUUAUCUAUCCCGAACACGCAAGCCAACCAAAAGACUGUCCUGGACUUGGACACCCAUGUGGUGACUACUGUCACGAACGGAUACUUCCACACAGACUGUUGCGCGCAGCCCAAACAGCCGCAGGGCGCGCAGUGCUACACAAAAAAGCGAAAGAUUGACAUAAGUUAUCAUAUCGUUGAUCCAGAGUUUUAUUUGCCAGACUUUGCGCCAGUGCCGUGUAAAAGAAUGAGGAGUGAUGAUGAUUCACAUUCAGACUCUGACCAGUUGGACAGCACAAAUAUCUCCAACCUGAUCUCGGUGCUGGGCUCAGGUGGGCUAUCUGAGUUUGUGAGUUGGCAGCAAACGGACCUUGAGCAAAUAUUCGCCACUCAAACAAUUUGUUUAAAACACACGCUGUUAACAGGCAGCGGCUGGACCAGAGCAAUCGAAGCAUUUUGAUAUGUAUGACUGUGUGUUUUUUAAUUUCUUUGUAUCGUUUUAUUUUGCUGCUUUUAAAUAAAUCAUGACACGACUGCA